AUGAGCCACCUGCAGCGCGAGUGGACACGGGCCAUGAUUCCGCCGGGCCACCAUUUCCUUCCGACCGAUGCCCAGCUCAUCGAAUUCUACCUUCUCCAUUGGUCAAAGGGCCUCCCUCUUCCGGUCAACGACCUCAUACUCGAGGCCGACAUCUACGGGCCCCACGCUGACCCCCGCCUCGUUUUCCCCGAAACCACCGACCCCCGUUGGGACUUUGUCUCCGAAAAACCCUCCCCAGACGGGACAAUAAUUUAUGUCACGCGCGUGGCUUACGCGCUCACCAAGCUGUCCAAAAUCAACCGCGCCAAAACCCGCAUCAAAAGGCGGGCCGGGCCCGGCGCGUGGAACGGCCAGACGCGCGGUCGGGAGAUACACAACGAACAACAGCUGCUGAUCGGGCUCAUGAAGAUGUUCACGUACGAGCCCGAUUGUCAGGAAAGACGAGAAGAAGAUCAUUGGAUCAUGCACGAGUACUCGUUGGCUGGGCCGUGUUUGGAUGACGAGCGGGUGAAGCAGACGGAGUACGUGAUCUGUAAGAUCACUCGGGUAUCCAAGGAAAUGAAGAAUAUUAAUAAUCGAGAUAAUCAGAUAGAGAAAAGGGGAUUUAACGGCGUUUGCCACAAGAAGCCGAGGAGGAGUAGCGACGUGGACGAGAAUAAUACGGCGGCUGUUUUUGUGCCGUUUGGUUAUGACGGUAUCAAGAAGAUUAAUCGAGAUAAUCAGAUCGAGGAAAGGGAAUUUAACGGCGUUUGCCACAAGAAGCCGAGGAGGAGUAGCGACGUGGACGAGAAUAAUACGGCGGCUGUUUUUGUGCCGUUUGGUUAUGACGGUGUUUGCCAAGAGAAGUGGAGGAUGAGUAGUGAUGUGAAUGAGAAUAAUACGGAUAUUGUUUUGCCGUUUGAUGAUGCGGUGGAUAUGGAGCAACUGUUGGCGGAUUUGCCUGAGUUGAGUCCGGAUUCGAUCGGUUUCGGUGAGUUGACUGACGAGGACUUUCGCAUAUUGGAUAAUUUCGAUUGGGAACAGAUGUCAGUUUUCGAUUGUUAG